AGUAAGCAUGUAAAGCAGAGUCCAAGAUUUCACUUUCCGUCUUCUUCCAUUGAAGACCUGCUCGAUUUCAUCUAAGCAAAUAAACAUAUCAAUCAUCUCUCACUCUGAAUCAACGACGUCUAAAAAACUGGCUUCUCAUUGCAUCUUCAUCUCCGUCAACCUUUACCUUUUCCUUGUAAUAAACCCUUUAAUCUUCCUUAGUUUUAUCGUCGAUUCCUCCAAACAAUCGAGUUAUAAAUAAUAAUGGCUGCAACUGCAUUUAACGGAUCUAUCGGUGCUCUCCAGUCCCGUGGGUACGUUGGCAAUUCAGCCCUUUAUCAAGAAUGUGGAAAUAGUUCUCUCCGAUUGACCUCAAAAGGUUUCCAAUUUGAUCUUGGAUUGUCGGGAAAAGAACGUCAUUUCUCUAGAAAGAGGGGUUUUUGUUUAAUUCAAGCGUCUUCUUCUCAGACUACAGUAUCGAACCAAGUUUCUACACCGUUAAACAACACCAAAGUGGACUCCCCAAAGAAAUCAAGUGAAGCGGCAUUGAUAUUGAUCAGGCAUGGCGAGUCGUUAUGGAACGAGAAGAACUUAUUCACGGGUUGCGUUGACGUGCCAUUGACUAAAAAGGGUGUGGAAGAAGCUGUUGAAGCUGGUAAAAGAAUAAGCAAUAUACCCGUUGACAUGAUAUAUACAUCUGCGCUUAUUCGUGCACAGAUGACAGCCAUGCUUGCCAUGACUCAGCAUCGCCGCAAGAAGGUGCCUAUUGUCCUUCAUAAUGAAAGCGAACAAGCAAAAUCUUGGAGUCGAGUUUUCAGCGAAGAAACUGAAAGACAGUGUAUCCCAGUUGUUACGGCUUGGCAACUAAAUGAACGAAUGUAUGGGGAAUUGCAGGGUCUAAAUAAGCAGGAAACUGCAGAUAAAUAUGGGAAAGAACAAGUUCAUGAAUGGCGUCGUAGUUAUGAUAUACCUCCACCAAAUGGCGAGAGUUUGGAAAUGUGUGCUGAAAGAGCUGUUGCAUACUUCAAACAACAAAUUGAACCUCAACUACAAGCCGGGAAGAAUGUAAUGAUCGCUGCACAUGGGAACUCGUUGAGGUCCAUCAUAAUGUACCUUGACAAACUCACAUCUCAAGAGGUUAUAAGCCUGGAAUUAGCAACAGGAAUACCUAUGCUUUAUAUAGUCAAAGAGGAAAAAUAUAUCAGAAGAGGAAGUCCGGCAGCACCUAGUGAGGCCAGCGUUUACGCUUAUACCAAGAAUUUGGCUCGAUACAGGCAGAAGUUAGAUGAGAUGAUUCAUUGAUGAAUUGGCAAAUAAGUCAUGCUCGUUAACGUCUUUCUUGGAACCGUCUCCGUUCAUGUCUCCUUGAUUUUGCGUCUUCAUUUGGCCAUCCAUACAGACAAGGUUUAUAUAUAUAUACAUACAUAGUUUUGUGUAGUAGAAACUCAUUUGUAUAGUGUGGUAGAGAUUGAAUAAUAAUGUUUGGGUGCCGAUAUCUGUCGCUACGUUUUGCCUUUUCAACUAUUGAAUGUAGAGAUGGGCAAGCUUAACUGGGUCUCGGGUAACAGGUAAAUACCCCGAUCGGUUAACUGAUUUGCCCAUCGUGUGUCUUUGUGUC